GUGCUUAAGGUCUGGGAUACCUCAGGUCCUUUGUUGGGAAAUGGGCUGCGCGCCCGCAUAGCCUGAAGCGCUUGGCUGGAAGGCGAGGCAGGUAGGGCCCAAGGCUCUUCGUGCUCCCAGGUCGGAGACCAACGCGCGCCUGCCUUUGUGCUUUUGCAACCCACGGCGUGGUGGAACCAUUGCGUAGACUCAAUGUUGACGUGAGACGCUGUGAACGUAAGGGAUCUGUGUGUCUACAGCUCGAGAAAGCGGUUAUUGCAUACUGAUGGAACCGUAAGCAUACCGAACGUUGCAUCCCCCGUGUCGUAUCCGUCAAGUGAAGUUUACUGUUCCUACCUUUUAAGUGGUGAUUGUGAAGGUUAGAUGGAAAUGUGAUGUGGGACAGUUGAGACAGCGCCAGGCACUAAGUAAGGACUGGAUCAGUAGUAGCCAUUAUUAAUAGUAGGUAUCUCCCUCCCUUCCCACUUGUACAUAAAAAGAAACAGAAACCCAGGGAGGAAAAGUUACUUGCUCUGGGUCACCGAGCCAGCUGGUACAUAGUAGAAAUGAGAACCCGGGUGCCUUCACUCCCAGUGGACCACUUGCCAUCAUGGCCUGCACUUGUGUGUCCUAAAGGCAUGUUGGUAACGGUAUCUUCACUUGUCUGUGAUGAUCUAUGUUCCUGGGUGUCUGUCUCUGCAGGGCCCUGGGGUAAAGGUUACAUUGAGACUCUCCUGUGAAUAGGGCUUCCUGAAGCCUGAGUGACGGCUGAAUUCUUGGCUUUAGUCUUCGCUCAAAAUAGACUACUUCAGACUCCCUGAUUACUGUGACGAGGGGGGUCUCAGAGCAUGAAAAAGAAGAAUUCAGUCCAGAAUCUCUUGCCAGAGUUUCUGGGAGAAUGUUGGUAAAUCCCUAGGAGGACGCAUGGAGGAUUUGGGUGAGGUCACUCUACGGAGAUGGUGGUGUGGAGGCUGUGGUUCUGGAGCAGCAGAUCCGCAAACCCCAAAACAGAGUAGCCUUGUAAAAUGUGUGUGGGCAGGUUUGACACGCGUCAUCAACUUCCCCAUUUGUAACAAGUGAUUUAUGGAAAGCGUCGGGUCCAUGAUGCCUCUCCGAAGGAGGACAAGGGGGCGUGCCAGACUCCUUGGAUGGAGAGAAGGAAAUGGGCAGGGAGAGGCUGAUGAAUUGAUUUGGCAUUCUAGCACUUGGGGGAGCUCAGGUGCUUGUGUCUGCAGGGCCCAUUGCCCACUCUGUUCUGCCAUCUUGGGACUCUGCCCUUUUCUAAAAGAGGUCUCUUGAGGAGAAUAUGGCUGCUGUUGGGGCAGCAACGUCUCAGAACCACUUGCCGGUGUUUCAAGACUUUGUGUCAUUCAACGAUGUGUCUGUGAACUUCACUGAGGAAGAAUGGAGAGAACUAGACCCUGUGCAGAGAGUCUUGUACAGGGAUGUGAUGCUGGAGAACUACAGGAACCUGGUCUCCUUGGGAUUUCCAUUUUCUAAACCUGAUAUCAUCUCCCAGUUGGAACAAGCAGUAAAUCCAUGGAUGCAGGAGGGAGAGGUACUAAGAGGCAGCUGCACACAUUUGGAGACCAGAAAAUUAAGCCCAAAGAAUGUAUUUUCUGAAGAAGAAUCCUACCAGGGGAUAAGUAUGGAGAGAAACACAGAGGCUGAUGCAAGUUUGAAAGAAGCCUGGGGAUAUACAGAGUUCAAAGAGGAUGCUCAAGAUAGACUCUGGAAAGAAGCAAUGGUUAUCUUCAAGAAAAGAACUUCUGUAGCUGAGAGUAACCCCAAAUGUAUUGAAUCUGGCAGACGUGUUAGUCCAAAGUCAGACUUUGUUACACAAUCAAGACAUCCUAAAGAAGAGAGACCAUAUAUAUGUGAUGCUCAGGGAAAGAUCUUUAAACAGAAUUCAAAAUUAGCAAGACAUCAGAAAGAUAGCACAAAUGAGAAAGCUCUUCAGUGUAAUGAAUGUAGUAAACUACUCAGUGAUCGCUCAGUAUAUGUGCAACAUUGUAUAGCUCAUAGUGGAGAAAAAAAUUUGGAAUGUAAUCAGUAUGGGAAGACCUUUGGCCAUGGCAUACACCACACUGAACAUGAGAAAACCAAUAUUGGAGAGAAGUCUUAUGAAGAUAGGAAAGGCUAUAUCUGGGACUCGUACCUUACCAAACAUCGUCAGAGUGUUCAUGGUGGGAAGGAAUAUAAUGCGCAUGAAAGAGCCUUAAUUCAGAAUGCACCUUUUAUUCAGCAUCAGAGAACCCAAUAUAGAGAGAAACCUUAUGAAUGUAGUGAAUGUAGAAAAGCUUUUGGUAAUUAUUCAGCCCUUACAGUACAUCAGAGAAUUCAUACUGGAGAGAAACCAUAUGAAUGCAAUGAAUGUGGGAGAGCCUUUAAUCAUAGUGCCUCUCUUAUUCAACAUCAGAGAAUCCAUACUGGAGAGAAGCCCCAUGAAUGUAAUGAAUGUGGGAAGGCUUUUAUUAAGAUAACGCACUUUAUUCAACAUCAGCGAAUUCAUACUGGAGAGAAACCUUUUGAAUGUAACGAAUGUGGUAAAGCCUUCAGUCACAAUUCAUCCCGUAUUGAACAUCAGUUUAUUCAUACUGGAGAGAAGCCCUAUGAAUGCAGUAAAUGUGGGAAAGCCUUUAGCCACAACUCGUCCCUUAUCGUCCAUCAGUUUAUUCACACUGGAGAGAAACCCUACGAAUGUAGUGAAUGUGGCAAGGUCUUUAGUCAGAGCUCACACCUCUAUCAACAUCAGAGAACUCACACUGGAGAGAAACCUUACACCUGUAAUGUCUGUGGGAAAGCCUUUAGUGAUCGAUCGGCCCUUAUUCGCCAUCAGAGAACUCAUACUGGAGAAAAACCCUACACGUGUAGGGAAUGUGGUAAAGCUUUCAGUCAGAGCUCAACUCUCAUAAAACAUACAAAAAUCCACACAGGAGAGAAACCUUACACCUGUAAAGAUUGUGGGAAAGCAUUCAGCCAGAGUUCGUCUCUUACUCAGCAUCAGAAGAUUCAUACUGGAGAGAAACCGUUUGAUUGUCCUGAGUGUGGGAAAGCCUUCAGCAGAAGUGCCCAUCUUACUCAACAUCAGAGGAUUCACACUGGAGAGAAACCCUAUGAGACAACCACGGCUCAGAAAAGGAAAUUCACCGGCCUACUCAGAACCGGCGUGGAGCUGAGACUUAAACUCAGGUCUGUGAGUGGAGUGCGGGACGUGUGCACCAGGCUUUGCCUGAGGCACUUGGGGAUUCCCUGGAUGAGAAUCGCUUUUCCUGCUACUGAACUGAAACCUCAGAAUAUCACAAAGCUGUGCAAAGAAUUCUGUGUGAGAACAACCACAGGCUUGAGAGAUAUGAUAAUGAAGUGGAAACUCAGAACGGCAGGAAAAAAUGAAGAGCGCCAGAAAUGAUAAAAAAGUAGGUAAAUACAAAAGACUAUGUUUUCUCUCUUUAAAAUAUUUUCUUACUGUUUAUUUAUUUUUGAGAGAGAGAGUGUGCAUGUGCGUGUGUGCAGCGUGGGAGGGGCACAGAG